AUGAGUAUGACGUCUGAAACCGCCGAGUGCUCGACCCCAACCGCCAACUCCAUGGAGUCAGGUUUCCAAUCUCCCGUCCAGAUGCCUGCCCAGCCGUCGGCGGCCGGUGAUGCCGACGCCAAGUCGAAGUCGCAGCCUGGCCAGGUGCGCUUUUCCUCCGUCACGCAGGAGAUCGAACCCUCCCACGCGAUGCUGUCGCCUGUCUCGGAGGUUCCCCAGCAGCUCGAUCCGCCCAAACAGGCCCCCGAUGAGGAGGAAUUGCGGUCGCUUGCCAUGAGCUUGCAAAGAUCGCAGCUUCAAGAAUCUCGUCUCCGCAACUUUUCAUUCGAGCCAAUGUCUCUUCCUUCUUCCAGAGUUGGGUCUCGAGAAUCGAGUGACCGUAGCGCCCAUGGCACCGGUUCUUUCGUGGCUUCCCCUCACGCAUCUCCCCCCGUUUCUGCAGUACAGUCCCCUCCCCUGACUCCGGCCGUCACCACCUCCCGUGAGGGCCGAGCUGGCGACAGCGUGGCUGCCCUGAAUGCCGUGGGCCGAGCCACUGGGCAACAUCCAGCAAUCACACCCGAAACGUCUCCUCCGGUCACUUCUGGUGACAAAAACGGGCCCCCGCGAAGUGCCCCAACUUCUCGGCCCGCUUCCAGCGACUAUCUUCCCAUCAACCAGAGCGGAACCUCCGAACCUCCAUCCCAGAUCAACACGGCGGUCCCGAGACACCGUGCACAGUUCUUUACGGGUGCCGAUCCGAGCUCUCAGGAAGAGAGUCCACCAACGACCCCGAGAGACUCCCACACGCCACCGGGCGCCAUCACUCCCGUGGGUGAGCCCAACGACCCAUAUGCCCGCAGCAAGCGGCCUCCACAGUCCAAGAACCUUGCUCAGCUCGACGCACGGUUCAUCUUUGGGAGUCGGGAUUCGAAGCGGUCAUUUCGUCCUGGUAACCCCCCACGGUCGGCGAGUGCCAGCGAUCUGGGAAAAUCCAGUGACAAGCGUAAUAACAAGAAGGAAUCCAGCGAUAAGCAUGGCCACGGCCAUCACCAUCAUGGCUCCAUGUCUGAACUUAAGCGGUUCUUCAAGAUGGGCCACCGUAGUAAGCGACCCGAGUCACCCACGUCGGCUUCCAAGCGGUCCAGCCGCACUUCAGGAAAGAGCACACCUUUUCAGAUGGCACCCGACAAUGUGCCGUUCGCCGAUGAUCACGGUUUGAACUCGAAGUACGGCAAGAUGGGACGUGUGCUUGGUUCCGGCGCUGGUGGGUCGGUCCGACUUCUUAAGCGGAAUAGCGACGGUGUGACUUUUGCGGUCAAGCAGUUCCGAGACCGACACAACUGGGAAACCUUGAAGGAGUACUCGAAGAAGGUCACGGCUGAAUUCUGUAUCGGAUCUACCCUGCACCACGGCAAUAUUAUCGAGACUCUGGAUAUUAUUCAGGAAGGAAGCCACUGGUAUGAGGUCAUGGAAUACGCACCAUUCGACCUCUUCGCCAUUGUCAUGACGGGCAAGAUGACCAAGGAGGAGAUUGCCUGUUCAUUCAAGCAAAUCCUCAGCGGUGUGGCUUACCUCCACGGCAUGGGUCUAGCUCACCGGGAUCUGAAGUUAGAUAACGUGGUGGUCAACGAUCGCGGUAUCAUGAAGCUGAUCGACUUUGGAAGCGCGGUCGUCUUCCGCUAUCCAUUUGAGAACGAUAUCGUGCCUGCGUCAGGCAUUGUUGGUUCCGACCCAUACCUCGCUCCCGAGGUAUAUGACGAGAAGAAAUAUGACCCCCGUCCCACAGAUGUUUGGUCGCUGGCGAUCAUCUUCUGUUGUAUGACCCUGCGCCGCUUCCCGUGGAAGCAGCCUCGCACUACGGACAACUCCUACCGUCUCUUUGUGGCCCCCCCGACCCCUGGUACUCCGGUUCCCGAUGUCGAUCCUCGGCGUCAACCCAAAGCCAAGUCUACCCCCGAUCUGCCUUCGGAAGCGCAUGAACACAAACACUCUGAGGCGCCUAACAAGCCCUCUGCAUUGGUACCUCCCCCAGCUGGCCCGGAACAAAACGGGACGAAGCCGCCCGAUUCUCCUACCAAGGAAAGCGACCGGCCUGGUGAGACUGCACAGAAGCAGGUCAGCCAGACCAGCGUUAACAACAAGCCGACGCGCACCACCAGCAAGGAGGCCCCGCCUCUACCCCCGAAUGCUCAGCCGCCGGCUCAGCGGCAGGAGGUCAUUAAGGGCCCUUGGCGACUUCUCCGCAUCUUGCCGCGGGAAAGUCGGUACAUCAUUGGCCGCAUGUUGAAGGUCAACCCGAACGAGCGAGCAACCCUAGAUGAGGUCCUGGCUGAUGAAUGGGUUCGCAAUAUCCUGACCUGCCGACAGGAGGACUCAGGCGAGGUCAUCAAUGCCCCCAACCACACACACGUUCUCGAACCACCUUCGCACAGCCCCGCCGUGGCCAGUAAGGGUGCCAAGGCUAAAUGA